AAUUGAACUUUAACCUUAAACUUUUACUUUCACUUUAAUCUGUCACCCGAUCCUUGCUCAUCUCUGUAGUACGGUUCACCGAUAUUCUCUCAGUUUUUAACGAUGAGUAGGGGAGCGAGCAGUCGAGAUAGAUUGGAUGACCUUGACGGUGAGGUUAGUGAGGUCACUUCCCUCCUCAAGGACAAUGUGGACAAGGUGUUACGGCGAGGCGAUAAACUUGACGACAUUCAGCAGAAAGCAGAUGACCUUGAGUCCAGUUCCAUUCAGUUCAAAAAGCGUUCCACGGACCUUCGACGUAAGAUGUGCUGUUCCAACAUUCGAAUGACACUAAUCCUUAUACUGGUUGUGGUUGUUAUCAUUGCAGUUAUUGUGGUUAUCGUUUUAAUGACAGUUAAACCAUGGGAACAUUCAGACAGUGGGGGUGGUAACCAUGGAAACAAAACCAUCACCUAUGGGUAAAGGUGGAUAAUUGGAGUAUCAAAUUCUUAUUCCCUGUGAUUUUUUUUAUUUCCUAAGGAUGGGACCAGCAAUAGAUAUUUGUGUAAUACAUGUCGUUUAAGAUUUUGUUCUUUGUUUGUUUUUGUUUUGGUUUUUUUUUUUUUGGGGGGGGGGGGGGUAUCAUUAAUGUUGUUUUAUUAAAACAUUGAUGAUAUAUAAAAACUAGCUGACAAAAAUUCUCACUUCAUAAUGUGACACAAAAGUUAUUGAAAUACAAAUGCUGACAUUAGGCAUGCCAAUUUUCUACUGAAAAGGUUAAUAAAACAUGCAUGAAAAUAUUAUGAAUUUUGAAAACAUUUUGAAUAUGUCAUAUUACAGUGUUAAUGAUCAUCUUUGACUGAUUGAAUUGUACAGUCACUUUAAUACAAACUGAAAAAAAUAAGUUACUUGAUAAUACAUUUUACUUCCAAAAUUUUGUGUUAGUACAAUGUGUAGUGUACAUUUGUUAAUGUACUUGUAAUACUGUAAACCAAUUUUUAUUCACAGCGACUUUAUUUCGCAAUUAACUGCCAAUAAACUGGUUCGCGACACUAAUGUUCACAACCAAGCUUUAUCCAGACCUGCAUUGUUAUAAAAACUAUAGACAAAGGAUUGGUUCGCAGCGAGAAAUAUUCGCGACGACAAGCCUCUCGCUAUUAAACCUUGCGAAAAUUUCUCCCACGCGAAUAAAACUUGGUUUACAGUAAUCAUUAGUUUUAACACAGUAACUCAUUUACAUCAAGAUGAUUUAAACAGGGAUUAAUUGCAUUUCAUCUGAUGAAAUAACAUUGGACUAUGUAGGAAACUGUGAUGGUGUCCACUUCUCUAAAUGUGAUGUUUUUUGCAUUUUGAUUACCUGUAUGUUAAACACCUAACCGUCGUUGUCUUUUGCUCAGGAAUUAAAAUACUCCAUUACAUUGUACAUUAAAAAAUGCCAACAAUUACUGACAAUUGUUAAGACUAUGUACCAAAUGUAUACUCAAAUAUUACAAUAAUUAAGCCUUUUCUCAAGCCAUAUUUUAAUAAUAAAAUAUACAUGUAAAUCAUUAAAUAUCACAGAAAGAUAUUGAUUUGAAAACUAAUUUUUGAGUGAUUAUCUGGUGAUUGAUAAGAAAUGGGAAAAACUGUUUUUCAGUGGUGUUGGCCAGUAAUAAUGCAAUGCACUUUGUGAACCACAUUAUUUGAAAUGUCUUUUAUGUCUUGAACAUAGGUACCGUGGGAUUCGCUUAAAAAGAUAGUCAAUUUGACAGAGAAAAGUUAACAGAUUAACUGAUUCUAAUAUUAGAUUAAUCGUUUUAGCAAUUAUGUUGUCUUUGAUUUUCAAUUGUUAUAUAAUAGAAUAUUAGAUUAAAAGUGAAAUCCUCUGUAUCUUGAAUAUCAUGGAUAUGUUUCAGCUCCAACCACUGUAUCUCUGUGUAUUUUAACCUUUACAUCUUGUUAAAUCCUUGGGUUUAUUGAAGUGUUUAUUUGGUCCCAUCGAGUUCGAGAUAACAAGGUUUGAUUGUAAUUGUAACUAGUAAUCUGUGUAUUUUAGGUACUCCAUCUUAAAAACUUGUUUUAUAUCUCUUGUGUAUAAAGCUGAGGUCAGAGUCUUAUUAUCAAUAACCCAGUAUUCAUGAUGUGAUGAUAUGAAAUAGGACAAUGACUUUAUUAUAAAGACAUAAUAUUGACGUGAUAAUUCAUCAUUUAUUGACCUGGAAAACUGUAUUACCAGUAGUAUAAUUAUGAUUGUACUUGUGUAUGUUUGUGAUUUAACAAUUGCACUUAUGAUGUUAAUUAUUUAAUACAUUGAAGUAUUUAACUGAGGUUUUUUUCUAUGUACUAAAAUAUGAAUGAUUUUAUGAAGACAUUUUAAUCAGUAAAAAGUGUUAUAAUAUUGAGGAAUAAACACAGUCAGUAAGAAUGCCAGUAUAUAUUGAUUCGAUAUACCUCAAACUGAAGAAGGUUGAAAAUGCAUGAACUAGAUCUACAUUUGAUAGGUUUUGUGAAAAAAAUCUAUACAGUUUUUGAAGCAUAUAAUUGCUGAUUUAUCAUCAUAUCAUUAUACAGUUUGUCUAUUUUCUCCUAUUAUUCAAGCCACAGCAUUAAAAAAAUUUAGCAACAUUUUAACUACACACAUAUUUCCUCCAUAAUGACCAUUUAUGUCAGCAAAAGAAAUAAUUAAAUAUUAACGUAUGAUACUUUCUCUUCAAAAUUGUAUCAUGUACAUGUACUUCCUAAAGACAGUAAGUUAAACAAAAACUCUACAUAUACAACAUUUUUUGCAAUAAUCUUUCUUGUUGAAAGAAAUUAAUGAAAUUGUUUAUGACCAAACUGAUGUUUGAAAUUAAUGUCAAUUAUUUUGUAAAUGUGCUUUUAUGCAAGUCAUAUAUUGUAACAUAAAAUAAAUGUAAAAAUCAAU